AUGGGUGGAAUACCCGCUGGACAGCGGUCUGUUGCAGUAGGAGGAGGCUCGGAAUGGCACUGGAACAAGCAUGAGAGGGAUGGUUCAGAGGCCAGCGCCGUCUGUCGCUUGUGCUGUCCAGGCCAGCCUGAGCGAGAGCAUGGUGAAUACUAA